UUUACAUUUAAAGUCGAAAAAAUCGGCGAUUCACAUUUCUAUACACACGGAUUUGAACAUCGAGUUUUCUUAAGCAUCAUGGUGACAUCAUUGUUUUUUGUUGGAGUACUCCUUUUCUGUAUAGGAACAGUCAAUACGAUCAUAGUUCCACACAGUAUUAACCUAAGUAUCCAUCCCAUUCGUCCAGAUUGUUCCGUUCCAGAACCUGGAACAAAGCCCUUCUUCUUUGGAACCAAUAAUUUAGCAUGUAUGUUUUUGACAACUCUUGGUAAACAUCGUAAAAAGCGCUCCCUGAAGAUCCCCGUCCACAGUUUUGUACAUAGCUUUAUAUACUACGAUGGCUGGUUUGCUGAGUUUGGUACCAAGGAGACAACUUUACGCACACGCAGUCCUAGAUACCCAUAUUGUGGCCCAAAACUCAAUUUGCAGCCCGCCGGGUACUCCAAGUUGCCUUUUGACUGUCUACGGAGAUGUGCUUCUAAAUACCACCUUGCAUUUGGAAAAUACCAUCUCUUUAAAAACAAUUGCCAUUAUUUUUCAAAUCGAAUGAUGCAUAUUUUGUGUCAUGAAGUGACUUGUCCUGUAUGGUGCUUGUGACUGGUCAAAAUAUUAUCCGAAUUAAACUUAGGAAGAAGUAA